AUGGCUUCCAAGGGUAUGUGGGAGGUUGAUCCCGAGACGCGGUCAAAGCUUGCCACUCUGCAAAAGGAAUCAAAGAACAAUAUUUGCUGCGACUGCAAUGCGCCGUCCCCGCAAUGGGCGUCUCCCAAAUUCGGUAUCUUUAUCUGCCUUUCGUGCGCUGGUGUGCAUAGAGGUCUCGGUGUCCACAUCUCUUUCGUCCGAAGUAUCUCUAUGGACGCCUUUAAAUCGAGCGAAAUUGAACGAAUGCGACUCGGCGGUAACGAGGGAUGGAGGAACUUUUUUGAUGAACACGAGCAAACUAAGAUGAUGGGUAUCACAUGGGAAGACUCGACUAUUGCGGAGCGUUACAGUGGUGAAGUUGGCGAGGAGUGGAAGGAGAGAUUGAGCUGCAAGGUCGAGGGUCGCGAAUACGUUCCUGGUGCGAAGAAGCCUGCUGCUGCGCCCCCGAAGCCAGCAUCACGAACUGGGACGCCUAUGAGUGGCAGCGCAAACCGUAACGAGAGCCCCGUGGCUUCAGGAGGCAAGGUCAAAGUGGACGACCAGUAUUUUUCAAGACUUGGAGCUGACAACGCUUCGCGACCCGACCAUCUGCCACCCAGCCAAGGAGGAAAAUAUGCUGGUUUUGGAAGCACACCUGCACCUAGCCAGUCAGAGAAUGACCUCGGCUUUGGGGAUUUCCAGAAAGAUGCCGUGGCGACUUUGACCAAAGGUUUUGGAUGGUUUACGUCAACGGUCUCCAAGACCGCCAAGACAGUGAACGAUGGCUAUAUUCAGCCCACUGCUAAGCAGCUCGCCGAGGGUGACUUUGCCAAGCAAGCCCAAUUAACAGCUUCUGCCUUUGCAAAGCAAGCUCAAGCAGCAGGCAAGAACGCUCAGGACGGUUUCAGCAGAUUCGUCGAAGGGCCGGAUCACCAAAAGAGUCGGGAUGCUCCUUUGGAUGAGAGCAAGAAGAGUUUCUGGGACGAGUUCUCCAACUUGGCUGAUCAGAGACAACCUGCCGAAAACUCUAUCGGAACGAGUGCUAUGGGCAUGGGUAAGAAGAACACGGCAGCCCCUCCAUCAAAGAAGCAGGACGAUGCUUGGGAUGAUUGGUGA